AUGCCGUCAUCAAUCGAAACUGUCCUUGAACGUGCUCGUCCCUUCCUUCGCGGCGAGAUCCAAUCCAUUGACGAAAACCUCCCUUCGUUGGUUGGCGUCCUGCAGAGCGUGGGUGCCGGAGAGUGCUGGCACAAACAUGGCAGCUUCCUUCAUCACCUUGUCGACAUAUAUCGCAUUCUAAACCUCUGGAAAGCCCCUCACUCCGUCUGCCUCUGCGGCCUCUUCCACUCAGCCUACUCCAACUCCUACGUCAACCUCGCCAUCUUCGACCCUUCAACUGGCCGUGAAGUGGUUCGCCGCCACGUGGGCCACGAAGCUGAGUCUCUGAUUCACUUGUUCUGUGUAGUUCCCAGGCAGCCCCUCAUCCACGACGAUCUUCUCUUCCACUACUCCGAUCAAGAACUUAUGCAACACCUUGCUCAGUCGGAGAUAUCUCUCAGGAACGCCAAGGAGAAGGGUCUCUUCGACGGGGAAGAAGGAUGGAGAAAGAAACUGCAGGGUCUUGUUCCGGCCGAUGGGGUUGAAGUUAAGCACAUUCGAACGGGUGAAGGGGUGCAUGUUUCUCGGAGGGUAGUGGCUGUUUUCGUGAUGAUGACCAUGGCAGAUUUCUGUGACCAGUUAUUUGGUUUUCAGGAUGUGCUGUUUGACAACGCCAAUGGUCGCCUUGAGUUUUCUGGGAACAAUUCCGGGGCUCUAUGGCCGGGAGAUGGGAAGCCAGGUCUGUGGUUGAAUGCAAUUUCAAGGAUGGGAGCAGUGUACAGUUUGAUUGCGAGGGAGGAAGAGAUUUUCAUUGAAGAGAAGAAAAGGAAGGGAGUUGGUGCGGUGGUCGAUGUGGAGAGAAAUGAAGAUAUCGAGUUGGUUUUGCCUCCAGUUUUUGAUGAGUGUACAAAGGUCGUGGAGGCGGGAGAUCAAAUAGUUGCAAGAGAUUUGUACUGGGAAGCUGUUUGUGAGAAGGGGCCGGGGAAGGUUGAAGAGUUGCUGCUGGGGUCUAUAAGCAAAAACCCGUUUGUUGGAGAACCAUACGUGGUGCUGAGUCAGGUUUAUUUGUCGAAGGGGAGGUUCGAGGAGGCCGAGAAACAGGCAGAAAAAGGACUGAGACUUUUGCUUGAAUGGGGGUGUCCGUGGGACAAGAGGACUUCCUGGGAAGGAUGGGUUGCGUGGACUAGGGUUUUGCUAAUGAAAGCUAAGGACAAAUCUUGGCCUCAGUCUUCAUGGGGCAUCCUCAAUCUGGGUCUUGUAAAGUAA